UUGAAGCAAGUUUGGAAUUGCACCACCACACCGUUAAACAGCACAAUAUACAAAUAGACAGUGUUGUAACCCAAAUCAUCAUGACUUUCGAUGUGAGAAGGUUCGAUAUCUACAGGAAGGUGCCCAAAGACCUCACCCAGCCCACGUACACUGGAGCCUUCAUUUCAAUAUGCUGCUGUGUCUUCAUGCUCUUCCUUUUUCUCUCGGAGCUGACGGGAUUCAUAGCCACAGAAAUAGUAAAUGAAUUGUAUGUGGAUGACCCCGAUAAAGACAGUGGGGGGAAGAUUGAAGUGAGUUUAAACAUCAGUUUGCCAAACUUACACUGUGACUUGGUGGGUCUGGAUAUCCAGGAUGAGAUGGGUCGUCAUGAGGUGGGCCACAUAGAGAACUCUAUGAAGGUGCCCCUAAACAACGGCUAUGGCUGCCGCUUGGAAGGAGAGUUCACCAUCAACAAAGUGCCCGGAAACUUCCAUGUGUCCACACACGGUGCGACUGCUCAGCCACAGAGUCCAGAUAUGACCCAUAUCAUUCACAAACUCUCUUUUGGUGAGCGGGUUCAGGUACACAAUGUCCAAGGGGCCUUCAACGCACUAGGAGGGGCAAACCGCAUGGAAUCCAAUGCACUGGCCUCCCACGAUUACAUUCUGAAGAUCGUCCCCACAGUCUAUGAGGACCUGUCUGGAAGGCAGCGCUUCUCCUAUCAGUACACAGUAGCAAACAAGGAAUAUGUAGCCUACAGCCACACUGGAAGGAUUAUACCAGCGAUCUGGUUUCGCUACGACUUGAGCCCCAUCACCGUCAAAUACACAGAGCGAAGACAGCCCCUCUACCGAUUCAUCACUACAAUCUGUGCCAUUAUCGGCGGGACGUUCACGGUGGCUGGCAUCAUUGACUCUUGUAUUUUCACAGCGUCCGAGGCCUGGAAGAAGAUCCAGCUUGGCAAGUUGUCAUGA